AUGCAACGACCUCCACCAUCAUUCUCACCAAGACGCAACUACAUCAACGAGUGGCAAUGCCUUGAUACCUUGAAGCAAAAACUGUCCGUAUAUACUCAGCGAUUGAAAAGGUAUAAAGCGUCCAGUCACAGAAAGCACGACAAUGCGCUCUUUCAACGAUCCGAAAAGGCAUUCUACAGAAACUGUCAUCCGAACCCAGGAAAAGAUCAAACGGUGCCCACAAAGGACCAAGUAGAGGAAUUUUGGGGCAAGCAGUUUGGCCUCGACAGCUUAUUACAACAAGACCAGGUCAUUCCUACCAACAAUUACAAGAGGUUCAUACUUAAGAACUUGCAACAGUCUGAUAAAUGCAGGUACGGCUGUCAGGACUCCGAAACAAUACAGCACGUAACUGGUGGAUGCCAAGCAUUCGCUCCAACGGACUAUAAGGAGCGCCACGACAUAGCUGCCAAAAUCAUUCACCAGGAGUUGGCAUACAAUUUCAAAACUGAUCGAAUGCAAGCUACAGUACUACAAAUAUACACCGCAAUGUGUCCUCGAGAACGACAAGUAUAA